AUGAUCCGAGAUUACCAGGAUCUCGCCAUGACCUUUGACCCCGAAAGCGAGGACGCACCCAGGAUAAAAGCUCCUCCAAAGCUCCCCCAAAGCCGGACGUGGGUCCGACGUGUCUUCCCUAGCCGGCGCCUGAUUCUAAUCCUGCUGGGACUCAGCUUCAUCCUCACCAUCACCAUCAUGGUCUUUGGAGUCAAAGGACAUUUUUACAACGCACAGUUGAAGGAGACCCAGGACAGCCUCAACAGUUUCAAUCAAACAAUUGGGAAGCAGUUCACGAAUCUUCAGGAUAAAGGUAUAAACCUUGCAGACUUGAGCAGAAACAAGGACUCUGUCGCAAAAGUCUCAGAGCUGGAAGGGAAAGUGAAGAAGCUGACCCAGGAGAACGACGAAGCCAUAGCCCACCUCUUCAACCAGAUGAAGGCGCUACGAAAAAGCAACCUGGCUCUCAACUGUGACUUUCAGGACUUCAAGCUCAACCGGACAGUCCGAACGGAGGCUUGCUGUCCCAAAGGCUGGAACGCAUUUCGGAAAAGCUGCUACUGGGAAAGCCGCCAGGAGAAGUCGUGGCAGGAGGCGAAAGCCGAGUGCGAAAACCACGACGCGCACCUGGUGAUCAUCACCUCCUACGAGGAGCAACAAUUUGUGGCGGUGCGUGUCAAGCCUCACUUCGUGUGGAUCGGGUUGACGGACGCCGAUGGCAGCUGGAAGUGGGUGGACGGCUCACCCUACACAGUUGUGUCACGGGACUGGUGCCCCGAUCAGCCCGACAAUUGGUAUGACCACGGACUGGGCGGUAGAGAGGAUUGUGCCCACCUCCAUAGCAACGGCUGCUGGAACGAUGCCCACUGCACCCGGGCGUACGGCUUCGUCUGCGAGAUGGAAACGGAAAUUUAA